AUGUUCGAAAGAAUUUCUAUCGGAAAUACUAAAGACAAAAAGUUAAAGCGUAAAAUGAUUGUAGAAUCAGAGGCAUCACUAAGGAAAGAAUCAAAGAAUGUAAUAACAUUUUUUGAAGUUGAUUUUGAGAAGGGCAAAAUGGUAGAAGUGGCGGAGUCAAAAGUGAAUAAAGAACCAAAGGUAAUAACACCAUCCUUUCAAUCUAAAGAUUUAUUUACUCUAAUACUUAGGAGAAACACUAAGCUAACUUCCAAUCUCUUACAGAAAGAUGAACAUUCAAGUUCAUCGCAAAAUACUAUUGCUGAACUUUUACCUAAACAAGAAGUGAAAGAAUUUUCUUGUCUGUUUUGUAAUAAGAAAUUUUCAAAUUCACAGGCUCUUGGGGGACACCAGAAUGCUCAUAAGCGUGAACUUGAUUUCAAAAAAAUUGAGCAGAAAAGAAAAGAGGAAGAAAUGAAUUUCACCAUAAAUCAUAGAUCUAGUUUUUCACACCCUUUUCCUUAUUCGGACCCUAUUCACUAUCAAGGAUAUCCUUAUUUUCGCGACAACUUGCAACACUCAGUUGACACUCAAAUGAACAAUGUCAUGCCUUCUUUACUUGAUUCUCCGUCCGGUGGUUAUGGAGGGAUGUAUAUGCCAAAUACACAUUUCUCGCCACCUCCAUUUUUUAUGGAAGUUCCAAAGCCACCACUCACACCACCAUACAUUGGGAUGACUAGUUUUUUGAAUAGAAAUCAAACGCUUGCAUUGUCAAUUCCUCAAAGGCCAAACACUAUAGAAUUGAUACUUUCUAGUCAAGUUAACCAAACUCCUCCAUCUGGUGAGAAUGCAAAAAGAAACUCAGAUGCUAAAUUUAUUUCUCAUUAUCUUCCAAUGAAAACUCGGGAUUUUAUUGGAGGAAUUCAAUUUCUAGCAGAGGCCAAUGUAUCUUCAUCAUUAACAACUAAAUCAUCAUCGGAGGAACUCGACUUGGAUCUCAAACUUUAA